AUGGAGAACUCCUGCAAAAGCAGCAAUGCCUGCGAAUUUGCCGGAGUGCCUUCGAACCGGCAGGGGCGGGGGCUGCCGCACCGGCGGCCGGGCUCAGUGCCAGCAGCAGCAGCAGCAGACGCCGCAGGAAUGUGCACGGGGCGCAUAACAGAGCUGCAGCAGCACACGCGGAAGCGGACGGACUGGCUGCACCGCAAGGGCCGCGAGUCUGCAGCUUUUUCGCUGCGCGUGGACGCAGCAGCAGCAGCAGCAGCAGCAGCAGCAGCAGCAGCAGCAGGUUCGCAAAAGAAAAGCCAACUGCGGCACUGCGGGGCCAACCUCGAGGACCAGCGGCGCCACUUCCAGACCCGCUGGAAACCCGUGGAGGGCAAAAUGGCCUUCUGCACUGGCCGCAGAGAAGGCAGUGCUGCUGUUGAAUGCGAUUAUGACUUCAUCGACAGAGACAACACUUACCACACUUGGAAGCGAAUGAACGAGGGCCAGCGACACACGGGAUCCCACCUGCAGGCGAUUCGACCGCUUUCUCACCGUGGAAGAGUCCGCAGGCCGCAGCGACCGGCUGCCCGAAGUGCACAACAGAAACCCGCCGCUGCCGAACCUCGACGGCCCCUUCGAACGGCCGCGGCCCCACGGGGGCAAUUUGGACCGCACUUUCAUGCCGCGCGAAGACGCGAAGCGCAGCGACGAGUACUUGCAAAAAAACAAGAAAAACGUUUCUUGCAAAAGCAGCCACUUGCAGCUCUCCACGCUCCACAACGUGACGGGAGCGGACUUCGGGGAAAUGCGCCACGGGCUCAAAAGAAACCCCUGCGAAGACCACGCCUUCGACUUUGUGUUCCCCCCCUCUGCCUCUUGAGCAGCGAAUUGUGUUUGGUGCAGCACUUCGGAGGAAAUUAA